AAAGCUAACUUUCUAGCAAGAAAUGAAAUCGAAACUCUUAAAUCUAGUAGCUGUUCUUCCUCGCCCUUUUGCGUGAUUCACAGUGCUUUUUUUUCCUCGUGUAAAAAUUUUCUGCAAUUUGACGGUGUGUUUCUUAAAUGCGUUGCAGCAUCACUCGUGUAUUUUUCGCUCCGUGGAAUAAUCUGAGAAUCAACAUUUGGAAAAACGGCCUUACUCCCUCGACUAAAACAACCUUCAGAGCACCCGCGUGUACAUUUUCCCUUUUCAACGACGUUCAUUUUGAUCAAACGUUUUAUUCUCUUCGUCGCAGCUCCUUCCAACAAGGUAUACACCUACUCUGUCCUUCUCAUUGAGGGUUUCUUGUUAAGUGUACAUUUCUAUUGACCCAGCACAUCCAGCUGCUUCGGCCACACUCUAUCUCAACCCCUGCGCUAUGAGCAGAGGUAGAGGAGGGCCUUACAACGAUCAGUACCACAGGCACCCAUCACCAUAUUUUCAGGAUUAUUACGAAAGAUCUGGCGCAUCCACUUCCUUCCCAAGGACUUACCCGCACCCUCAGCAGAAAGUUUCAAAUGACUACAACAGACCGACAUGUUUUGUAGCAUCCACCCAGCCCCCUUUUCCCCUUAGUCCUUCUGCCCCGCCCUCACUAAGCCAGACAAAGAAACCUCCCACCCCUAAUACAACAUCAAAUUUUCAUGGUUAUGAUCCCCAGCCUCUAAAUUCCUUUCAGUAUUUACAGGUCCAGUUUCUGAGAGGACAGAGUGCUGAGGCACCACAGUUCGAAUUCAAUCCCCAAAAACCUAGCAGGUCAAGCGAUUCUUCAUACCAGCAGCAGUCAGGAUACAGUAGACAUCCAAAGCCCCACCGUGGUAGAGGUUAUUAUAGUCAGGCUCCCAAUCUUGCUGGAGAUGUGAACCAAAACCAGGUACACAGUAGAUACCAAAGCUCCUACAGUGACUGGACCGUACCAACUAACGCUCUCUGUAGCAGUUUUCAGAGCUUGUCCCUCUACCAAAAGAGGCCCAACAGUGAAGACAAGAAUUUUAAAAGACUUCCUACAUUGUGUGUUUCAAGUAAACCAAGCUACAUCACUCUCACUCCAGAAAUCCAGGAGCAGGUGCACAGGUCUUUAAAACCAAGCGAAAGUAUCUCUGCAAAAUUGCUGGGGAAAAAACUUCAUCUUCCCAAAAAGAUAAUCAACCAAGCACUCUACUCUUUAGAGCGUUCACAAAAAGUCUUCAAGCAAGGAUUGUACCCUCCAAAGUGGACUUUGAACCUCAAAACUGUAAGGGUUGAGGAACCGCAAUCUUCCAACUUUCAACAACCUAAAGUUGAGUUAGAGAUAAAAUCUGAAAUAGAAGACGACGACUCAGACACAGAAACCCUGUCAAACUGUUCUUCUUCAGAGUCCCCUGUUUUGGAAACGUUUCAUUCAUCUGGGCAACCUAGUGAACAUUGCAAUAGUAGCACAUCUGCUGAUCAACCUUUCACAAUGGCAGACCUUAAAGAAGGCAUUUUACAGCAGCUCCUGAAGUUAGCCCCGGUAACAUCUCUAGUGUUAGCCAAAAAUAUGGGCUUGAAGAAUUCCAAACAGGUCAAUUCCACCUUGUACUCCCUGGAGAAGACAGGAGAAGUCGUGAUGAACCGUGAAAAACCGCCCACCUGGGAUCUCUCGGACCACCAAAAAGAGAGAAUGAAGAGGACCCUUAAGGCGUCAAAGAGUGAGCAGUUUGAGUUACCGAUGAAAGAAGAGCCACAGCCAGAACUAAUGAAAGAAGAGCCGCUGCCAUUUGAGGGAAGUUGGUUGCCAAAGACUGACGUGCUGUUCCCCACUCCGGCUCCACAACUGCCUGUACACACAAGCCAGGAGGAAGUGGCUGUUGAAGGACAGUGGGCUUCUGAUGAUAUCCCAGAAUAUCUAAACAGCAUUCGCAAGCAGACAGACAUGGCAACUAAUGAAAAUGCCAACCCGGUUGGAACUAUAGCGGUGUCUCUGGCAGCCCCACCAGCACAGAACCUUUGGGCAAAAUUACAAGAGGUUCGUCAAAAGAAUCCUGUGAGCGCCCUGAUGGAAUACGCCCAAUAUGUGGGCCACAGUUGUGAGUUCAUACUUCUUGACCAGUCAGGACCCUCGCAUGACCCCAGAUUCCGCAUGCAGGUCAUGCUCAACGGGAGACUUUUUCCAGUUGCUGAAGCCUCUGCAAAGAAGGUGGCCAAGAAAGAUGCUGCCGCGGCAACCUUGCUAAUGCUCGUUGGAGAAAUGCAGGGAGGUGGUAAUGAAGGUAGUAACGCCAAUUUAAGCCAAGCAAUGGACGUACUCGCCAACGCUGGUGGUUCCACUGAGGGCUCAGGGGGUGCUUUUGAACCAGGCACUGUGGAAGUGAUGGGCAUGCCCGAUGGACCUCUUCCACUUUCCCGCUCGCUCCCCGGAGGGAAGAAUCCUGUAUCUGUCCUCAUGGAAUACAGUCAGCACAGCGGGAAUCCCAUCGAGUUUAUAAUCACUGGUCAAGCUGGUCCGCCUCAUGACCCUAGGUUCAUGUAUAGAGUGAAGGUUGGAGAAAAUCUCUUUGCAGAGGCUUCUGCUCCAAGCAAAAAGGCAGCACGCCAGCUGGCAGCUGAGGAGGCUGUCAAAGAAUUGAUGGCUGACGGGAGGCUGCAACUCAACAAGCCUCAAUUGCCCCUCGGCUCCUCGAGUGAUAGUGAUAUGUGCGGGACUUGCCCAUCUUUGCCACCUUUGACAGCUGAUGAGUUGCGAGCAGCUCACGAGGCCGGCGUCGGAGAUCUCAUCAACCACCUGAACAACAAUGCCGUGUCGGGGCUUCUAGAGUACGCUAGGGCCAGAGGAUUUGCUGCGGAGAUCCGUCUGGUGGGUCAGUCUGGGUCAGCGCACGAGCCUAAGUUCACCUAUCAGGCGAAACUGGGUGGACGCUGGUUCCCGCCAGUUUGCGCAUCCAACAAGAAGCAGGGCAAACAGGAGGCAGCAGACGCUGCGCUACGCGUACUGAUUGGCGAGGCAGAGAGGGCAGCCCGCACUGGCGAGCUGAUCCCCGCUGAGCUUCCCGUAAGUGGCAGCACAUUGCACGACCAGAUUGCCAUGCUAAGCCACCAGCGUUUCAACGCCCUGACCACACGCAUCCAGCACAGCUUGUUGGGACGCAAGAUUUUGGCUACUAUCGUCAUGAGGAGGGGCGAAGGCCUGGGAACUGUUGUCAGCUUAGGAACUGGCAAUCGUUGCGUUAAGGGGGAGGAGCUGAGCUUAAAAGGUGACACUGUAAAUGACGGUCAUGCCGAAAUCAUCUCUAGAAGGGGAUUUGUAAGAUUUCUUUACAGUGAGUUGCUGAAACACUUUGAAGGCACAGACAACAGUAUAUUUGAGGCGGUGGCAGGGGAUAACAAACUAAGGAUCAAAUCAGACAUAACCUUUCACCUCUACAUUAGCACGGCGCCAUGUGGCGAUGGCGCUCUUUUUGACAAGUCUUGCAGCGAGACUGGGGAAGAGGUGGGUGGUCACCAACCUCUGUUUGAGAAUGCCAAGCAAGGCAAGCUGCGCACUAAAGUGGAGAAUGGCGAGGGAACCAUCCCAGUUGAGUCUAGCGCUAUUGUACCUACUUGGGAUGGCAUUCAACAUGGGGAGAGGCUGCGCACCAUGAGUUGCAGUGACAAGAUCCUGCGCUGGAACGUGCUGGGCCUACAGGGGGCGCUGCUUACUCACUUUCUGCAUCCCAUCUACCUGAAGUCCAUCACGCUUGGGUAUCUGUACAGCCACGGUCACCUGACCCGGGCAGUUUGCUGCAGGCUGGCCAGAGAUGGAGACGCAUUCAGCCAAAGCCUUCCUCCUCCCUUCCAGCUCAACCACCCUGAGGUGGGUCGAGUCAGCGUGUACGAUUCCACACGUCACACGGGCAAAACUAAGGAGUCCAGCGUUAAUUGGAGCCUCCCUGACCAUACAAGUGUGGAGGUUCUAGAUGGCACUAAAGGCAAACUUGACGGGAACAAGCUGGGCGUGUCCCGUGUGUCCAAGUCCAACCUGUUCUGUCUGUUCCGCACACUGUGCCAGCGUUGCAACCGCACCGACCUCCUCUCAAUGCAGUCAUACGCUCAGGCGAAGAAGGCGGCAUACUCCUUCCAGCUCGCGAAAGACCGCUUCUUCCAAGCGCUCGGCGACCAUGGCUAUGGCGCCUGGAUCGGUAAACCGCUGGAGGAGAAGAGCUUCGAGGCAGGGAAGGAGACGGUGAGCGGGUCUGCCGCAUUUGAAAGUAGUCGGAAUGGAGGGGCGAUGGAAUACAACCAACCAGGCGGAGGCGAAGCAUUUGUCUAGUGUUUGAUACGAAAUGGGGGGAGGUAAGAAAAGGACAAUCAAACUAUAAUUAUCCACUGGCCAUCCAUGUGUCAUCUGACGGAAACAUGGCUAAAGGCUGACAAGUGACUUGAUGGGGAAAGGACGGAUGAAAGAGUUGGAAGGUUGAAAUAAUGAGAAGCCUGAAGGAGAAAGAGGCUUGAAAAUAGCAAUAGAAAGAGAUAGGGGGGAAAUAAUGCUGCAAUGUAUGGCAAAUUAUGUUAGCCUUGUAUAUUCGCCAUUUUGUUAAGAUGACUGACUGGCUCUGUUUGAAUAUUGUGUGACCUGCUAGCGGAUUCCUUUAGACUUGGAUCUCUCUUCAUGGCCAUUGUUGAAGCGGGAUGAGGACCAAGCAAGCUUUACUUUGAGAGGCUGUUCUAGUCUUGAUUCAAACCACAUCCCUCCUCACGUGGUCGCCGUGGUUACCAUUAGUGCACCACAGGUCCGUGCGUGUCUUUGAUCAGUUCGAUGCUUUUAUAUACCAAGCAAGAUGUCAUUGCCUCUUGGCAGCACGAAUUUUCUUCGUCAAGUUGUAGUUCCACAAGGUUGCCAUCUAUGUUUCUUUUUCCCUUCCUGCGGCCAUAUUUGGUCAUUCUACUUUUGCAGUGAAAGUCUUGUGAGCUCCUUGUGGUCCUUGUAAUCAAUUGAGAUUUGUGUUUUUUUUAUUUAGAUGAUGCAAUAUGCAAACUAUACAAAUGCACAAGUGUGAUCCAAAUACUCGUCCAGGCAAAAGUAGGCCAACUAAUAUGUGACUGUCAGGUGAAAUUUCCAUACUGUAGUUCACCUACAGUGUUUCUGUCUGCUUGGUGUGUACACUCACUUCCACUGGAAAAUAGGUUUGACUUUUUAUCUUAUUUCCCAUGCGGCCACUUGAUAAAGCGUCUAAAAUCCACCGUGCGUUUCGUUUAAUUGAUUCAAGGCACCAGAUCACCCCUGUAAACCUUUUUUUUUUUUUUUUUUAAUGGCAUUCUAUUGUUUUCAAAGGUUUCAGCUUUCUGAUUAGUAAAAGUUUUAACUCAAAAGUGAAGAUUUCUUAAUUAUUGAUUUGAUUUACCUCUUAAAAAAUAAUGACUACACUGCUCUCUUAGCAAUAUGUUAUAUACACUUGUUUAAUGUAUAGACCUGUUUCGUAGUAUGUUUUUUUUUUUUUUGUGUGUUUUUUUUUUUUUACGCGAAUGAGUUGCAGUCUUAAAAAGAAUAAAUUAACCAUGUUCCAUUGGAAUG